UGAGUUUUUGACUAACUUUGUCGUGCAUCACUGAAUACUGAUUUCACCUGAGCUGUCUGAUGCAUUCACAGUUACAGCUGUUAACACUAACCUACAUAACAUGCAUAACCUGUUAUAUACAAGGCCAUGCAGCUAUUCAAUUGAUUUCACCUUCAACAAACUUAUCGACGGACUGAAUAAAUCCUCAGCCAGCAGUUUGCACUUUUAUUUCAGUUGAAUGAUUACGAUAAACAAAACAUUUUGUGCGAUGCUGAUAGAGGUUGUUGCGAGUAGGCAAGUGGGAGAAACAGCAGGGAAAAAAGAAAAGAAAAGAAAAAUACCCUAUAAAUAUCAUUAUUCUGUGACCCGGAUGAAAACAUUCAUAUGGUUUAUUACAAAGUAGAAUAGAACAAAUCGUAUUCCAGGUAAAAAGAAUUGCAAUUUCUACAGAGACUUUAUUUUAAAAUGGCUGAAGAAGAAGAAAAUCAACUGAAAUUAGAAAACCAAAUGGCUACACGUAAACUAUACUUUGAAUGUAUUUUCCUAUUAUGUGCCAGUUUGGCUGUGAAACAUUGCAAGCAAGCAAGCAAGCUAGCAACUUUAUCUGAUAACGAUAUUACAAAGCUUAUCGAACAAUGUGGCACAUUUGGACCCUACCAGCGCUGGUUGUACACUUAUAUUAUUAUUGUGGGAACUUUGACAAUAAUGCCAGCAAUGAAUUUAGCUUUUAUCAGUGCAAAUGUUCCCUUCUUAUGCUACCCACCAAACUUUAAUGCUUCGUUAAUUCCUGCAAAUCUUACAGAGAAUGAAUAUUUACAAAUGCUUCAACCAGACGGCGACAGUCAAUGUUCUGUAUAUAACAAUAGUUUCACUGGGACAUAUUAUACAACACCAUCAAGUAAUUCAUCUAAACUACAGUGUUCUUAUGGACGGAAAUUCCUGACAGAAGAUUUUUCUACAAUUGUAAGUGAGUUUGAUUUGGUGUGUGAAAGAAAAUGGUUAAGAUCCACCUUGCAGUCCGUUUAUUUCGCUGGUAGUCUUCUAGGAGCAAUUAUAUUUGGUGUUUUAUCUGACAGAUUUGGCCGAAUACGCGUAUUUUUAUUGGCAAACACCUGUAUAGUCAUCUGUGGAACUGGAAAAAUCUUCAUACCAUCAUUGAUAAUUCUUAUGAUGCUGCACUGUAUUCAAGCCAGUGGUUACACGGGAAAUACAAUUGCUUUAUAUUCACUGACUUUGGAAUUUACUUCCUCAAAACUACGUACCCGUAUUAGUUUUGGGUAUAUGUGUCUCUAUCCAGUGGCAGCAAUAUUUGUAACAGUGCUGGUGUAUUGUAUCCCUGACUGGCAUUUCUUAGAAUUGACGGUGUGUCUACUGCCUGCAAUCAGUUUUUUCAUUUGGAUAUUUCUCCCCGAAUCUCCAAGAUGGCUUAUUGGAAGAAAACGUUUUACUGAAGCAAAAGCACUUUUUCAAAAAAUAAUGAAGAAAAAUAAAAAACAAUGUCAGGAUUUAUUAAAAGGUUUUCCAAAUAACGAGGAAGAAUUGUCAUUAAAGAACAGUUUUCAUGAAAAUAUACCCGAGAAGAAAGUCUUAUCUCAAAAGAAUUAUACUUUUAUUGAUCUAUUUAGAACACCGCGGCUUGCAAUUACCACUGUGAAUGUUUGUUUUAGCUGGUUGGUCGCCAGUAUGUUAUAUUAUGGAGUGACUCUUCAUUCCGUGGACAUGGCUGGAAACCGCUAUGUAAACUUCCUGUUGUUGGCAUUCGUGGAAUUUCCUUCUCAUUUAACUUCUUUCUGCUUGUUUAAACGUUUUGAUCACCGGAGGCCCAUUUGUUUCUUUCUGAUGUUCAGUGGAUUAAAUUGCAUCGUGUCAAAUUUUGUAACCAAAGGUUCAUUCUGGUUUCCUCUGAUCCUGGUCGUUCUCGGAAAGUUUGGAAUCGCCUCGGCAUAUGGUUCAAUUUAUCUCUUAUCAGCAGAAUUAUUUCCAACAGUUGUGAGAGCCAACGGAUUAGGUUUAGCUUCGUUUUUUGCCCGUAUCGGUAGCAUAAGCGGACCUUUCAUACUUCAACUAUCAUCCUAUGUCAAAUGGCUUCCUCUAAGUAUCUUCGGCCUUUUGGCAGUGAUAGCGGGAUUACUGUUGCUGUUAUUACCAGAAACAAAAAAUAGAGAUUUACCGCAAACAUUUGAAGAUUUGGACAACUGGAAGAGCUGAUAUUGUGGUAAAACAAGAAACUUUCACGAUGGAAAUAAACGUAGAAUGCAUCCGACGACAAAAUGUAUCGGAGAAUUUCAGUUUCAAAAUUCGUCCGCCCUUGAUAUUUUACUUUUAAAAAUAUUGAAGACAAAAUCGAUUGAUUCAUUGUUAAUUUGUAACUCGUGUUCGAACGUUCCACAUACUGACUUUUACUUACAUGAUACAAUGCAACGCAGUAAGGGAAACAACUACAUUUUACUUUCAUUGUUCUGAAAAAUGGUUUGAUGGAACCUUGAUGGCAAUAUAUCUGAAAAGUGGGCUUCGAAACUAUAUAUUAUAAUGGUAUUCGCCAAUCAUUUAUCGUAUCUUGCAUUUGAACAUUAAUGUUUUAUAUAAUUCAUACAACGAUGGUGCCAUAUAUAAAAAAACAAAAGGAAUAUAUUUUCUUUUAGUUCAACUUUGAA